UUGAUUAUUUAUUAGGACACGGACGUUCUCUAGUGGUGUUGCGUAUGUGGGUGUGUGCGGCAGUGCGGCAGCGACUAGCUGUCAAAAUUCAUUCAAUGCCAAAACGAGUGCGGGUUCCCAAAAAUGUUACUGACCACGUAUAUCUCCAAGUUAGACUAGAGUAAUGUAUGCCACCACAAAACCUUAUGUAAUAUCGUCGUGUUCAUUAGAAAACUGUACUUACGCUGACGAUACACACCAUGGUACAGUGUCAUCCGCCGUUGGAAAUAGAAGAAUUGCCAAAAGAAGACGAAGAAAGGCUAGAAAAAUUGUUUUCUAAAUUAGACACAGAUGGAAACGGCAAGAUUGAUAUCCAUGACCUGUCGGUCGCCCUCAAGGAGCUGGCUCCGCACAUCAAUCGCAGCUAUGCAGAGAAAUUCUUGGCAAAGUCAGGCUGGAAAGAAGCUGGCGACGUCACGCUAUCCGAGUUCAUCCAUUACGUCAGGGAACAUGAGAAAAACCUUCGGUUGCAAUUCUCGCAUAUCGACAAGAACCAGGAUGGAAAAGUGGAUCUGGAAGAGCUCAUAUCGGCUUUUGCCGACCUAGGAAUUGCAAUCGGACGCAAUGAAGCAACAAAUUUACUGAAAAGGAUGGACCAGGAUGGCAGCCUGAACAUCAGCUACGAUGAGUGGCGGGAUUACCUUCUCCUCGCGCCGGCGACCGACAUACACGCACUCAUUAGCUUCUGGCGGCACUCUACGUAUCUAGACAUCGGCGAGGAUAUGAACGUGCCCGAUGACUUCACACAGAGUGAACUACAGACUGGCAAGUGGUGGCGACAUCUGUUAGCCGGAGGCAUCGCAGGCGCCGUGAGCAGGACGUGCACAGCGCCGCUUGAUAGACUGAAAGUAUUCCUACAGGUGAAUCCAACCAGAGAAAAUAUGACUAAAUGUUUAGCAAAAAUGAUAAACGAAGGCGGAAUAGGUGGUCUGUGGCGAGGGAACGGUAUAAAUGUUAUCAAAAUUGCGCCGGAAUCGGCGAUAAAGUUUGCAGCAUAUGAACAAGUCAAAAGGUUGAUAAAGGGCGAAAAGAAAAAUCAUCCUUUAGAGAUACACGAACGGUUUAUAGCUGGCGCCACCGCCGGAGCAAUCAGUCAGACUGUGAUCUACCCACUAGAGGUGCUAAAGACAAGACUAGCGUUAAGGAAGACCGGCCAAUACAGCGGUAUCGCCGAUGCGGCGCGGAAGAUAUAUGCGAGAGAGGGGCUCAGGUGUUUCUACAAGGGAUACAUUCCAAAUAUUCUGGGUAUUGUGCCGUACGCGGGCAUCGACCUGGCGGUUUACGAGACGUUGAAGAAAAAGUACAUCAGCAAAUACCAGGCGCACAACGAACAGCCCGGCAUGUUGCUGCUCCUGGCGUGCGGCAGCGCGUCCUGCACGCUCGGACAAGUGUGCUCGUACCCUCUUGCCCUUGUAAGGACCCGAUUGCAGGCGCAAGAGAAAGCAGCUAAAGGCGCAGAGGGUACGAUGAGCGGCGUAUUCCGCGACAUUGUGCAGCGGGAAGGGUUGCGCGGCCUGUACCGCGGCAUCACGCCCAACUUCAUCAAGGUGAUCCCCGCCGUGUCUAUCUCGUACGUCGUGUACGAGUACGCGAGUCGUUCGCUAGGCGUCAACAUGACGUGAAACUCGCCGCGUACUCCGCCCGCGCUCUCACGCAUAUAUACAAGUGCAUUUGUUCUGUACAUAGCUCUCGUGCAUUGUAAGUCUAUUUAUUCUACGAAAAGUAAUUCCAUUUUAAUAUGACAAUGACAUAUUUAAUUAAGCUUGAAGUUUGUGUUAUAUCAUUGGUUGCAUUUUUGUUUUUUUUUUUAAAUUCGAGCUGGUGUUGAGCAAGACGUGACACACCGGCGUUGCGUCGGUUAUGCAUCUGUGAUUACAAUAAAUUACGUAUUUUUUUUAAUUUAUUUUUAUUUUUAUUUCACCUUAUUUUUACCUUUCACCUGGUAGGUGAAUGAUCGGAAUCUCUACUCUAUAUUCAACAUAGAGAUAAGAAAGAUUCUUAUUUUUUUAUUUAUUUUCAGUAUAUAUUUUUUUCUGAAAGCAAGCAAUGGAGCUGUGAUUAAAAUUAACGAAGUUUUCUCAGUGCCGUAUCUGAUACGGUUGUAAAUCUUACUCCAUAAGGCGUUAACUUGACGCUAGUCGAGCAUUAGAGAUGUUACGGAUCGGUAAAAUGAAUAGAACUCGUACCCAAUAUGGUUGUUAUACUAAUAUACAACGAAAAUGCGUAAAAAAUGUGCGGAACAUCUUUUAUAUUUUAUCCUGCUGGUUGUGUUUUAGUGUCUUUAAUAUUAUUAUUUUUUUUGUGUCGUAACAAAUAAAAUAAUCGGUUCUUUAGUGAUAUAUUCCCAUUUAUCUAUAUAUCCAGCGUUUUACUUACUGCGAAUGUUAUUAAUAUAAUGUUGCUAACAAUAAAAUAAAUAGUUGUGACUAUACAUACUUAAAAUGUACGUCUCGUUUAUAAAAUAAAAAAAUCACAACUUAUAUUUGUACUAUAAAGCCCAAUGCGCACUGACAAGGAAAAUAUAUGUUCUGCUAUAAAUCUAUAAGCCUGAAAUCCAUUUCAAUCCCUAAGUUGGGAACCUUUGCUGUGCGUUGGGUUUUGUAGAGUGGCUUCUGUCGAUUAUGCUGUCUUCUAGACACAAUCUGCAAUAUUCCGUAACAUCUUUAAUCAUUGCGUUGAUGUCAAUCAAAUCCGUCUGAGUCCAUCCAUACUGAGCUCUUCUUACCCACAUUUUAUUACACUAUAAUAAUUUAUUACAAUAUUCAGUAAGGAACAGUACUAAUUCUUUCUCUAAUGGUUGUAUUGUGUUUUGGAUUUUUAAAGCACUAUAAAUUGCGUUUGAUCGAAUGGCCAUACGUUAUGGUUAUCAACACAGGACAUGGAUAUAAUUCACAAUCCUGAUAUUCAAUUUGAUUCAACGCACGCUUACUUCCAUAGACCAAUUGGAACACAAAAGCAAUGAUAGAAAUAAUUUAAUUAAUUUUGAGCAUAUAGCCAAAAAGCAUGCUAUCGUGUAUUAUAUUUUUACACGUUUACAUAAUGUAGUUUAUGUAAAUUAUUGUUCCUAGUCCCAUUUAUCUUGUAUACACGAGCUAUGAGCGUUAUUGAAACCCUUUCUACGUGGUGACGUUAUUUAUGCCACGUCAGCUAUUGUCUUCUCACGCUGAUGGCCGCUUCGUUAUAUCAUGACGAACCUCACCGCCAUUUUUCAGCUGUGAGAAGUAUAUACUUGUACAUAGAAAGGGCUACGUACAAAUAUUUUACUAACAUUUAGGCUUUAAUAGUAUAAUAUGCCUUUUUAGUGUAAUCUUGUUAUUUAAUACCAGAAAUAAUGAAUUGAUGCUUAUAUCUGUAUCAGCUGACGCAGAACAUACUCAUGUUAUUGUUAUUUAAAAAUAAAUAUUUACAUAGUUAUUAACAUACACAAACAUUACAAUACUACUUUUCAAUGAAUUCGAACACCAAUUGGUAUAAAGAAAACAUUAUUUUGGAAUAUUUUCUGAUGGGGCAUAGUUAGCCUCUUAUAUUACGUAGGUAAAAUUUUAACCUUUGGCACUCGGCAGCAUUUACUAAUACUGACAUAAUAGGUUGUAUCUGUAUUAUGUAUUGAAUGCUUAUUAAUAAUAGAUAAUAAAUUAUUUAUGUGUUAGUUAAUUACACAAAGGCAUACAAAUAAUAUGUGUCGCCCAUAAAGCAGCGCCGAAGAUCCAUGGAACCCGUUUCUUGCCGGCUUCCCCUUCGUAAUUUUUCAUAUGCCCAGCAAUGAUGACGCAUUUUUUUUAUGAAAAUGCAAGUUCGAUUCCAAGAUUUAACUCGUUUUGACGAUUGCGCAAUGCGACGUUUAACACGCUUUGGAUAAUUAUUCAUACAAAUGUCAGAAUGUUUAUUUUCACUCGUAUGUGAAUGAGGAGACCACAUAGCGAUCUGAUUUAAUAGUUUCUGUUUUGUAGCUGCUAUUAUUAUUCGACAUUGGCAAUAUCACCGAUAAAUAAACGGUGGCAGCUAUAAUAUAAAGGAAGGAGACCACAGUGCAGCCAUUAGGAAAAGUAGUUAUGGUAUUUAAAGAAAAAUGGCGGAUGACGCCGUAUUGUUCUUGUGGCAGUGUACCCACAAAUACUUAAUUCGCGAAACCAACACAGUUCUGAAUCGGCUAAUCGACAUCUAUAAUACUUUGAUAUUAGAAAGAUUUUUAGGAUAGUCUCUACCAAUAUGAUAAAACCCAAAUUGUACUAACUGUUAAAAUAUUUACAUACGGCUUCCUCAAAUUGUCGAUAAAAACAAUAUGCGUGAUUAUAAUAUUUCAUUGAAUUAGAUUACGAUAAUUCUCAAGGGAAUUCCGAGUGCAAAGGGUUGAUGCUAGAUGCGUAUUUAUAUUACUGCUAUUAUCACUGUCAUAGUAAGAAUAUAAUUUUUGAAUAUGUAUUAGCAUAACAUAUAUGUAUAGCAAUAUAAAUAUCAUGUAAUAUUUUUCCAUGUUGUAACUUUGUAGAAUGCACUUAAAAUUGAGCACUUAUACAAUAUAAUAAAGUAACUUAUUACGCUGGGAUGGCUUAAUAUAAUGAUAACGGGAAUAAAUUUGAACAAAGGAGAAGAACACACACUUCCAUACUCUACGUGUUAGUUGGUAUUAUUUAAAAACAAGGAUGAUUAUAAUGUGAUAUUGAUAGCCUCAUUUGACAGAAUAUAAACCUUUAUAAAUGUUAUCAAAUUCAUAUAUUUACAGAUUAAAAUACUUAUAUCGGGAAGUUAUAUAGUCAGUUUUAGUGUCUGUAACAGUAAGUGACCAAAAUAAAUACCGAUUUAAAUGUGACAAUACAUUGUAUUUUGCACCGGUGACAUACCUAACGAUUCGCACAAUUUUAAUCGACUAAUUUCGCGUAGUAGUUGUCUGUUAUAGCCGUUACAUAUUAAUUACAAAGGUAUAUAACGGUUAUAAUAUUCCCUUCUCAAUGUUGUGUAAACGUAUGACACAUCUAAAUAGUCGCAGAACAAUUUCCCGCACACUUCUACACGUCCCUUGGAGGUGCAA